GCUCGUGUUAGGAAUGGGGUGACGUCAUGCGUCCGAGGGCGUCGAACUAGCUUGACGGGGCGUGUCUUUCUGGCUCUGACGGGCUUGACUGACAGCCCUUUUAAUACGCGAAGGGGAAAACUUACUGGAGAGUUUUAAAGACGCAUCGAUACUGUUAGCGCUGAGUCUCUGCCGUGAGCCAGUACUGCGUGCGAUGCUAAUUACCUAUUUAUAUGACAGGAAAGUAUGCGCACAAAGAGGUUUUGCCCAUCCGACUCCUGCCAUGUGUUUUAGUCCGGCUUACGCGUACUAUGUUAAUGCAGUUACUGACCACGAUCACGUAGAAUCUGCCGCUGCAUGUUAAAAUUACACGUCUGUCUGUAUUAGUAAACACAGGGUGCGAAUUUUUUAAAUAAUCCAGUAUAAGGUGUCGGACGGUGCGGGUCAGUUUAACUAGGUCGGCAGCUGAGUGCACGCGGCCGUGAGUGUGGGUUACCCAAGCGGCGUGUCUCGACAUGCCCUGAGCCCUGUCAAGUCCCGUAUACUGUACUUUCGGAUGUUAUCGCUUUAAAAGGCGAUUCCUUUCAGGGGGCAGGUCCUUUAACUGGGGUUAGGCUGUCUCACGACCAUUCAGGGCUCUAUAAGUUUUUUUGCCUGCUGCGGGCUGUCAGUAGGAGGAAUGUGGCAUGGGAUAAUUAGAUAUCGGAGCGCAUAGAUGGUGGAUGGUACCGCGGGUGAAGCAGCGAUCGUUUUGCAGGUUGCGAUUAAAAGUCUUCAAAAAGAGGGAAACGGAUUGUUUUUCGCCCGAUUUAUUUUUACGUGCACGACUAACGGAAAAACUCAGAAGCUCUUGCCUGUCGGGUUAUUAAAAGGACUUCAGAGCGAAAGGGAAAUUGUCAAGAUGGCAGCGCAAGACUAGCUAGCAAAUGAUGUUUUUUUCCAGGCGAUUUUUAAUUUCAAUUUAGUCAAUUCCCAGUCGAUUCAGAAUAUUAUUCCGAAAUAUAAAUGUAAUGCAUAUACUUUUAUAACGUUAUUGCACAUUUUGCGCUGUCCUGUGGUUCUCAGCAUUUAUAGCUAGUUGCAUUGCAUCAGUGCAUCGCUGGAUCUUGACUGUGCAAGGUAGAUACAAAGGAGCGGAUCCAUUCAGUUACGGGCAAAGUCGUAUUAAGAAUUCCUGAAGUGGCCGGUAUGUAUGCAAACCGCUAAUACUGACUGCUAGCGACUCACCAGCGAUGCAUUUGUAUUGUAAUUCUCUGCAAUAUUAAUGAUAGCUAGUUUACUAGCUUAGAAGUCGUAUGGAGUUUACCGAGAAUUAUGCGAUAAGCUGUUUGAAGUGAGGAAAAAAACUCCGCAACUGUGGAUCAUUUGAUCUUAAUAAUCGCUUGCGACAUAUGUAUAAACAUUAAACUAAUCGGACUGGGAGCUUGCUAGACUUUGGGAGCACCUUGAAAAUUUAAGCGCAUUCAUGGGAUGCCACUUUGACAGGUACCUGGCUGUCUGGUGCUCUUUAUGUGUUGACUGAUCGGCGCGUCUUCGGGGUCGAGAGAAAAAGAGAAAACUAAAGAUGGCAGAGGUGCCACCCCCUGACCCCCUUUCUUCACUGGACGUGGACAUAGACCCCGAUUUCGAGCCGCAGAAAAGGCCACGAUCAUGCACUUGGCCUCUGCCACGACCCGAGUCCAGCACGGGGAAACCCGAAUCGACCGACACGGACAUUAUCCCCGAGGAAGAGGACGACGAGGAGGACACUGCCGGCUCUAUGACCAUCAACGCCAAUGGUUUACUGAACAGCACCAGUAUUGCGGGGGAAGACCAGAACAGCCCAAGUACUAUAGCAGAAGAUAUAAACGCAGGCUCUGCUGGUCAGGACAUUGCAGGAUCUCCGCUCUCCUCGCAGUCCCCUCCCGCUACUGGCAGCGGCGCAGGCAGCGGCACACCUGGAAACCAGCAGCCGAGGAAGUCCUCCUCACGCCGGAAUGCUUGGGGGAACCUCUCCUAUGCAGACCUUAUAACCAAAGCCAUAGAGAGCGCGCCCGACAAGAGGCUGACCCUAUCCCAGAUAUACGACUGGAUGGUCAGAUGUGUGCCGUACUUCAAAGAUAAAGGAGACAGCAACAGCUCCGCGGGAUGGAAGAAUUCCAUCCGGCACAACCUUUCCCUCCACAGUCGCUUCAUCCGGGUCCAAAAUGAGGGCACCGGUAAGAGCUCCUGGUGGAUGAUCAAUCCAGAGGGCGGAAAAGGAGGCAAGGCCCCUCGCCGGCGUGCCGUCUCCAUGGACAACAGCAACAAGUACACUAAAAGCCGCGGCCGUGCCGCCAAGAAGAAGGCUGCCCUGCAGGUGACCCAGGAUGGGGUGGCCGAGAGCCCAUCUGUCAUCUCGAAGUGGCCCAACAGUCCCACGUCGCGCAGCAGCGACGAGCUGGAUGCCUGGACCGACUUCCGCUCACGUACCAACUCAAACGCCAGUACUGUCAGCAGCCGCCUGUCGCCCAUCCUGGCGAACCCUGGGCUGGAUGAAGUGCCUGACGACGAGCCUCCCCUCUCGCCCAUGCUGUAUUCAAGUCCUGGCAGCCUGUCCCCGUCGGCUGGCAAGCCUUGCCCCACCGAGCUGCCUCGACUGGCUGACAUGGCAGGUACCAUGAACCUCAAUGAUGGCCUUGGUGAUGGCCUCAUGGAUGACCUCCUAGACAACCUGACCCCGUCCCAGCAGCCGUCCCCGGGAAGUGGCAGCAGCAGCGGCAGCGGAUCAGGGGGUGGGGCAGUCACCCAGAGGAGCUCGGGGUUCACAUUCGGCGCUAAGGGCAAUGGGCUAGGCUCACCAGCGGCCGGCAGCUACACAAACUCCAUCUUCGGGCCGUCCCUGCCAUCCUCAAUGGCCAGCCUGCGCCAGCCUCCCAUGCAGACCAUCCAGGAGAACAAGCCGACCACCUUCUCUUGCAUCUCCCACUUUGGAAACCACACGCUCCAGGAUCUGCUGAGCUCGGAGUCGCACAGCCACAGCGACGUCAUGAUGACACAGUCGGACCCACUCAUGUCACAGGCCAGCGCCGCUGUGUCAUCGCAGGGUGCCCGCCGCAGCAUCAUGCUGCGCAGCGACCCCAUGAUGUCAUUCGCUGCCUCCCAGUCUAACCAGGGCAGCCCCAUCAGCCACAGUAGCCUGCUUCACCCCCAGAAUCAGGUGCAGAGCACCUUGCUGACAGAGGGGCAGGCUGGCCUCACUGCCUCCAUCAAUGGGGUCCUUGGGCUGGCUGCGGAGCCCAACAGCCUCUCGUCCAUUAAACACCAGCUUCAGUCGCCCAGCGGCAAUGUAUCUAUGCAAAUGAACUCAUCAGACUCUGCCCUGUACUCCAGCCUGAACAGUGGUGGGAUCUGCCCCCCGACGACAGGCCAGGAUCGUUUCCCCAGCGACCUGGACUUGGACAUGUUCAACGGCAGCCUGGACUGCGACAUGGACACCAUCAUCCGCAAUGAUCUGAUGGACGCCGAUAGCCUGGACUUCAGCUUUGACUCGCUCAUCUCCACCCAGAACACAUCCAACUUGAGUGUGGGUGGCUUCACAAACCCUAAGCAGACCUCUCAGAGCUGGGUGCCCGGAUGAAGGGCAGUUAGCUUCGAGGGGCAGAAAGGGGCAACCGGGGUCUCUGCUGUGCAUGUGAAGACCCAACAUGAUCUCCUUUGCCAAACCAGCUGUCAGCAUGAUGUGGGUACAGUUUACAGAUCACAAACUCACAAAACAGCGACGCAAACCCCCCUUUCCACAGAAACCAGUACACAAAAUUAAGAAGACAACUGCUUCAGCAUCUCACACCUUUCCCUGCAGGAGCCUAAAAACGGACUCAUUUCAAAAUUAUGCAAUCUUGUUUGGAAAUGUAAACUUAUACAUACAUAUUGGAAAACUAUAGCUUUUUUUAAGAGUAAAACAACCUUGCCAGUAUAUUGUAGCCACUCACAAUCCAAUAAUUUCUGGAAAAAAAGAAAAAAAUUAAGUGUGGUGUUAUCUAAUACAGUGGUUUCUGGGAUGUUUUCAUAAUUUUUCUGAUCUUUAUCUCAGCGAUUAUAAUGUUAAAUGUUUCCACUGGCUGUGUUUUAUUGCCAUUCACCAGAUGCAUUUUCAAAGCCUUGGUUUGACCAGCUAGGAAACGUAUGUGGCUUCCCAGUGCCUGACUGAUCUUGCCCUUGAUGCGAGAGCCUGCUCAAGCUCCGUUUCACUUUAGUUCAAAUCGCUGUGCAACUUGUGUUAUGGCUAAAAUAAGCCUUGUAAUUGUUUAAAAUCCUCCCAUUCGAUUUGCAUAAUCCAAGCUGACGAUUUUGGGGAUAUCAAUUGUGAUGAAGUCAUUUGGCAAGGGAGCCCCUUAUGGGGGGGGGGGGGGGUGGCCAGAAUAUAAAUACAUGUAGCCAAAACAAGUUCUUGCAUUGUGUAAGGUUUCCACACACCUCAUUGGGUGCUAAACAAACAGUGUUCAAGUCUGUUUCUGCAGGCUACGUCGUUUUCCAGUGCAAAGUAGCCCUGAACUUUAAAAUGAAACAAAAUGUAAAACAAAAAAACAGUUAUGUAAUAUAUAUUAGAUGACUAUAUGGUAGCAUUGCUGGUGGGAAAAAUACCUUGAAGCCAACUUACUGAGAUGUUGAGAUAAGCUAUCUUGUAUAUUGCCAAAUAACUUGAACAUGUAGGAGAUACAGGCGGGGGAAAAUAAAAACUCGGCUUGUUGCCGUUGCUGGACAUGGAGGGGUAAUUAAAUAUGCAACUGAACUCCCGGUCAGGGUGCUGCGAUCCGAGUUUCUGUCACAGGCACAUGCUCCUGGCGUGCAUAUGAGAGACUUAGCUCCAGCCUCUGCAGAGAGUCGAACCGAAGGCGAGGAGGCCAGCCAGCUAGGCAUCCAAUCCACGGGCAGGCUGUAUUUCCCAUGCACUCAAUGCCUCCCAUCCCUAAGGAAUGCAAUCAGGGGGUCUCCAGACUUCAUCCCAAGUGCACACCAGAAACCACUGGCAGUCAUUGCUCCCAUAACUCCCGUAUCUGUGCAGGAUUCCCCAUGUGUCUCGCCAUUAUGAGCAGUACACACGCCUGUCCACAUGAUUUCACAUAGUAAACUUACUUUAUUGUGCUAGAUGCGUAUGAAAAGUCCUAAUGUAGUGUUAGUACCCAGCUUUUAAUUUUUAGGCUAGUAAUCAUAGACAGUGACACAUGGAGGCUGAGAGAUGAGAAAAGCGAGUGAUAAAAAUGAUGCAUAUUUUGCAAUUUCAGUUAUUGUGUUAAAAAUGAUGGCUGGCACUAAAGCUACAUCACAGAAGUGCUGUAAAGGCACUCGUGGGCUGAGCGGUCACUAUUCUGUGUCUGCAGGGGUAAAUAGUGGCAUUUCCUUGCUCUGUAAGCUAGUAUGAUGCAUGCUCAUUAAAAUGAACCGGGGCCAGGCAGUGCAAUCCAAUGCCGAGUACACAAUUUGCUCCACACCAGCUGUGAUCACACUCCAGCCAUUGGACCCCCACCCAGACACUCUGAGUCAUUGCUGAACCCUCCCCACACCCCAGCACCACUGCUCAUCUUGGCUAAGCUGGCAGCGAACAGUUAGGACUCACCAUGUGGCACAUACUGGUUAUUCUGAUCUAAAUUUUGACUCACAGCUAGCUAGCCCCUCCCCCCAUUCUCAUGUUGGCUAGGCCAAAUUUCGCAGGACCGGGGUGGGAGAAAGCAGCCAUGACCACCUGUUUGACUCUAAAGACAAGCCCACGCUAAGGCUUGCGCCAGCGCCCACAGAGCCAUUCACGCGCUUCGCCUCUGAAAGUGCUUUGGAAUAGCUGCGUAGCAACUGUUUAUGCCAUGCAAAUAGCUGGAGUGCCUAGCUGUUUUAUUAACGUACUGUUCUACCCCCUCAGUGACUGUGAAGUGUGGGUUAAGCUUUACAUCACAAAAAAAAAGGAAUGGCAAAAUAAGACCCUUUGCCCCAGUUGAGAUGUAUCUGUCAACCAGUUCAAGAAAAACGUAGUAAUCUCUCAAACAAAUGCACUUUCUUCGUGUCCAUACAUAAACACAAUGGCAGCUCCCACAGUUGACACUGGGCUUGCGUAACAGGCAUGGCGCUGGGUCCUGAUGCAGAUCUCCGGUGCUCAGAACAAGCCACCAAUAAUGUGUCUUAUUUUGGAAUAGAGCACUUCUUGGCUAAAAACUGGCAACUAGUCAUUCCCUCACAAACAUCAACACCAUGUGUGUGUGUGUAUGUGUGUCUGUUUGCUAUUGGGUUGGAGGGUAGCGUAAACAAGUCAAGUCUGGAGACAAAGCAGCUGAGCAAGUACCACCCCAGGCUUAUCCAACUGGCUGCCUUUCUACUGAGAAGGAGUGGCCAAGUAUGAGCACUGCCCUAACAUCUUCCAGUUGGGGCAGAUUAUUAAAACAUGAAGGCACAUUCUAGAACUUUCUUCUCAUAAAAAAAAAGUUCAGUACAGAUUCAAUGUGAUUCUUAAGCUGUCUGAAGCCCUUGAACAGGUGCUCAACAUUUGCACUCUUACUGUUUCCAUGGGGUUGAAAGCCAUUACUUUCAGAAGUCACACACCCCAUGAAAAUCCAGGUCACAGCACCACCAUUAACAGGAAACUCGGUCUAAUGUUAUGCUGAAACCCUUCUCUUGUAUUAGAUAUCUUGUAGUGUUUGCUUCUCUACUUGAUGUUAGUGAAUAUUUUCCUGUGUAUACCAUUUUGAACUGUAAUCUAGUUUGUAUAAGAAAUGGUUUGCAUGUAAAUGAAGCUCAGUGACGUUCAACA